CCUGCUGUCAAGCAAAACAGAGCUGGAGGUGUGAACCAACGUCGGCACGCAUACCAAUUCCGUCCCAAUUCCGAUGCCGCGCCAUCAACAGACGUCAUCACGCUCGACCUUCCUCUUUCUGCUCUUCAUCUCGCCUCUCGCCUCUCGCCCACCGCCCCAGCACCUCAUCCAACCUUCCAGAACGCGUGCCGAGCCCGCUCCCCACAGAAAAUCUCCUCUGCCUCACCGCCCAAGGCGGGAAGUCAUCCGCCUUCGAGCUGAUUACCAACGCAAGCGUCAGGGAUCCAAUCUAUUCCCUCCUGCCGGCCAACCCAUCCUCGAGAUGGAGCUUGUACCUGGCGAAAAGCCGUCUAUGAGGUUCUGGUUCGAGGACGGCACUGAACUUGGUCGACACGUGCGGCUGUUCGACCUUCCGGGAACGUUCUCCGGAGACAUUCUUCGUCUUGAGCGCAAUCUGCCUCCAAUACUGGGUCAUUUCGAAGUCGAGGGCGAUAUUGUCCGCAGCCUCGACAAGUGCCCCGACCAACCCCAGCCUAUUGAAGAUGACUUUGAGGACGUUGGAGACCUAGUUGCCCAACUACCGCUUGUUGAGGUUGACUCCUCAAAGCAUUUCGUGAAGAAGGGAAAUUACCGGAGCGAGAUUGCGAAUCUUCUGAGAUGCCAAGGAGGAUCGUGUCCUGGAAUCGUUCUUUCUGAGCACCUAGUCCGCCUCCUUGGGAAAUCCAUCGACGGGCAGCUGGUCUUCGAGAAGCUGGCGACGCGUGGGGUCCUUCUGUCGCGCUUCUCCUCCCUCGAUACCUACAAACGCUGGAUUCUCCACAUCAUCGACGCCCUAUCCUGUCUCCAUUCCCUCGGUAUUGUCCACCGGGAUAUUCGUAUCGACAACUGCCUUUUUACCGAAGAUGGCAGCCGCCUGGUGGUCUGCGACAUCGAGAGCCGUUGGGGCCAGCGCGCCGCUCCGGAGAUUGCGUUUGACGGCGGACCGAACUCUGGAUGGACUACUCGUUCCGACGUAUAUGAUAUCGGCAAUUGCAUCAAGUGCAUGGUCUACGCCAAUGCGCCGAUCACAAAUCAAGUCGAGUGGCCUGUCCCUCAACCGCUCCAGGCCAUCGUCGAUGCAUGCAUGCGCGAGGUGCCGGACGAGCGGCCGACGCUGCUCGAACUGCGACUGAUGGUGGAGGCAAUUACAGCUAGCACUAACUGA